AUGUCUGGAACGAGUGGGCAGUGUCUGGACCUGGCAGGUGGAGUCAUAAGUGGCAUCGUGGUGGUGGAGGUGGAGCAGCUGCCUUACAGCUCGAGGGCUGUGCUCCGGGAGAGGAUCAUCAUGAUCAUGGCGCUGCGGAGGUCUCGGUCUCGGUCUGGGUCUCCGCCCCGACCCGCGCCGUCCACGGCUCCGAGCUGGCAGCGGGUCCGCGGGGGCGCCUUUCUGCCGCCGCCGCCGCCGCCGCUGCUGCUGCUCGCCGUGCUCACUUGCUGCGCGCUGCUUUGCCGCGGGGACGAGUUCUCCAUCCUGGAGGAGGCGCAGGUCGCGGCCGUGCACAUGGAGAAGCUGUCCUCGCAGGAGCUGGGGGUGUUCGCCAUGCAGAGAAUAUUCAACUCCUUUGUGUACACAGAGAAAACGUCCAAUGGCGAAACUGAAGUGCAGCAGUUGGCGAAGAAGAUCCGUGAAAAGUUCAACCGGUACCUUGAUGUGGUGAACAGGAACAAACAAGUGGUGGAGGCCUCCUACACAGCCCACUUGACUUCGCCGCUGACCACCAUCCAGGACUGCUGCGCUAUCCCGCCAUCCAUGAUGGACUUUGAUGGCAGUUUCAACACCAACGUCUCCAAAACCAUUUGCUGUGACCGCCUUUCCCUCACUGUCAAUAGCAGAGCCUUCAACCCGGGCAGGGACCUCAAUGCUGUGCUGGCAGACAACCUCAAGUCCAAUCCUGGGAUCAAGUGGCAGUAUUUCAGCUCUGAAGAAGGGAUCUUCACUGUAUUUCCAGCUCAUAAGUUUCAUUGCAAGGGAACCUACGAGCACAGGAGCAGGUCUGUCUACGUGUCUGCCGUAAGGCCGCAGUCUAAGCACGUUGUGGUGAUCAUUGACCAUGGAGCCUUUGUGACGGACACCCAGCUCCAGAUUGCCCGUGAUGCUGCCUUAGUUGUUCUCAAUGCAAUCGACGAGCAUGACAAGAUCUCUGUCCUGGCGGUGGCAGAUGUGGUGCGCUCUUGCUCCCUGGACCAGUGUUAUAAGACCUUCUUGUCUCCUGCCACCAGUGAGACCAAAAGGAAGAUGACCUCCUUCAUCAACAACAUCAAGGCUUCUGAUAGCCACACCCAGCAUGCACUGGGUUUCCAGAAGGCAUUCCAGCUCCUCAGGAACACCAAUAAUGCCACGAGGCAGCAGACGACCACAGACAUGGUGAUCAUUUACCUGUCUACGGGCGUCACGUCCAGACACUCCUCUGAUUUUGAGAAGAAGACCACCCUAAGAGUUGUGAAGGAGGAGAACCGGCAUCUCAACAAUUCUGUCAUGAUCCUCACCUAUGCUCUUAUGAACGCAGAGGGUGUGACUGGCCUGAAGGAGCUAGCCUUCCUGAGGGACCUGGCUGAGCAGAACUCUGCCAAGUAUGGCGUGCCGGAUCGCUCAACCCUCCCCGUGGUUAAAGGCAGCAUGAUGGUCCUCAACCAGCUCAGCAACCUAGAGACCACCGUGGGCCGCUUCUACAUCAACCUGCCCAACCGCAUGAUCGACGUGGCCGUCUUCAGCCUACCCUAUGCUGAUCAGAUGGGUGACGGUUUCAUUAUGACUGUAAGCCGCCCUUGUUAUUUUGGUAACUUGUUACUUGGAGUUGUGGGAGUUGAUGUAAACCUGGCUUAUAUUCUGGAAGAUGUCACCUACUACCAGGAUUCCCUUGCAUCCUAUACCUUCCUUAUAGACAACAAAGGAUACACGCUCAUGCACCCCUCUCUCACUCGGCCCUACCUCAUGACCGAGCCCCCUCUUCACACCGACAUCAUUCAUUAUGAGAACAUCCCAGGAUUCCAACAGGUGCGACAGAACAUCCUCAGCCUCCCCUUGGGCAGCCAGGUCAUCAGAGUACCAAUGAACUCUUCCCUGUCUUGGCAUAUGAAUCGCCUGCGUGACUCCAGCCGGGAUGCCUACAAUGUCAGCUACGCGUGGAAGCUGGUUCAGGACACCACUUUCAUCCUGUGCAUUGUCUACGUGCAGCCUGAAAUUCCCAUCAAGCACCUAAAAAACCUUAACACAGUCCCCAGCAGCAAGCUCCUGUACCACCGCCUGGACCUACUGAGUCAGCCCAACUCCUGCCUGCACUUCAAGCAGCUCUCCACCGUUGAGAGUCCCACGGUGAUGCUGUCGGCCGGCAGCUUCUCCUCACCCUACGAGCACCUGAGCCAGCCAGAGACCAAGCGUAUGGUGGAGCACUACACGGCUUACCUGAGUGACAACACACGCCUCAUCGCCAACCCUGGGCUCAAGUCAUCGGUGAGAAAUGAAGUAAUGGCCACCAGUCACAUAACGGAUGAAUGGAUGACUGUGAUGGAGAUGAGCAGCCUGAACUGCUACAUUGUGCGCCGCUAUGUGGCAACGCCUAGUGGAGUGCUGAGAAUAUACCCUGGGUCUCUUAUGGAAAAGUUCUUUGACCCCACCAGGAGACAAUGGUACCAGCAUGCCGUGGCCAACCCGGGACUCAUCACCUUCACAGGGCCUUACCUCGAUGUGGGUGGAGCUGGCUAUGUGGUCACCAUCAGCCACACCAUUCACUCAUCCAGCUCUCAAACCUCUCCCGGCUCCGUGGUGGCUGUGAUGGGCAUCGACUUCACCCUGCACUACUUCUACAAGGUGCUGUUGGACCUGCUGCCUGUCUGCAACCAGGACAAAACUAAAAUCCGGUGUUUCAUCAUGGAAGACCGAGGGUACCUGGUGGCCCAUCCCACCCUCAUUGACCCCAAAGGACACGCACCAGCGGAGCAGCAGCACAUUACCCACAAGGAGCCCUUGGUCGCCAAUGACAUCCUCAACCACCCCAACUUCGUGAAGAAGAACUUGUGUAACAGCUUCAGUGACCGGACCGUGCAGCGCUUCUAUAAGUUCAACACCAGCAUUAUGGGUGACCUGACCAACCUGGUCCAUGGCAGCCACUGCUCGCGGUACCGACUGACUCGCAUCCCCGGCACCAACGCCUUCGUGGGCAUCGUGAACGAGACAUGUGACUCACUGGCAUUCUGUGCCUGCAGCACGGUCGACCGGCUCUGUCUUAACUGUCACAGGAUGGAGCAGAAUGAGUGCGAGUGCCCCUGUGAGUGUCCCUUAGAGGUCAAUGAGUGCACUGGACACCUCACCAGUGCAGAGAACAGGAACCCCAGCUGCGAGGUGCACCAGGAGCCCCUAUCCCUGCCGCUCAUGGACUCGGGGCAGCAAGAUACCCUGGCCCAGUGCAUUAACACACGCUGCGGCCAGAGGCUGACGAGCAGUGACUGCUUGGGAGUGCUGGAUUGCGAGUGGUGUAUGGUGGACCGCGAUGGGAAGACCCAUUUGGACAAACCCUACUGUGCCCACCAGAAGGAAUGUUUUGGUGGGAUCUUGGGAGCCAGAAGUCCUUACAUGGAUGGACUGGGUGAACUUGAGGACGAGGUGGCUUCCCUCAGCACGAUGAAGAGUGCACCUGUUGGACCAGUGGCUGGUGGCAUCUUGGGCUGUAUCAUGGUCCUGGUGCUGGCUAUAUAUGCAUACCGCCACCAGAUCCACCGCCGCAGGCACCAGCACAUGUCUCCACUAGCUGUCCAAGAGAUGUCCGUUAGGAUGUCCAGCCUGGACAAUGAGCGGGAAGAAGACAGUCAUGAAGACCGAGGGAUAAUGAGUAACACACGCUUCAUCGCUGCGGUUAUGGAGAGGAGGGCGCACAGUCCAGAGCGAAGACGUCGGUACUGGGGCCGUUCUGGCACUGAGAGUGACCACGGCUACAGCACUAUGAGUCCCCAGGAAGACAGCGAGAACCCACCCUGUAACAAUGAGCCCCUGUCGGCGGGGGUGGACGUGGGGACCCAGGAGGAUGACCUGGAGCUGGACACGCCACCGCAGACAGCGGCAUUACUCAGCCAUAAAUACCGCCCAUGUCGGCUGCCACCCCACCCGCCACUGCACCGCCCGCAUCGCCUGCAGGCUGCUGUCACCGUGCACAGUGUGGAUGCUGGCUGCUGAAGGCCCCGUGUGGAAGGGGACAGUGGGCAUUUCUUUAUAAUGAAAAGAAAAUAGCUAGAGAAUCAUAAAGACAUGUUUGUUUCACUCCCUCAGAACACAUGAAAGCUGAAAGGACACAAUAUGUGAGAACUGGACAAGGUCUAGCACGUGGCAGAUGGAAAUGCAAAUCGUAUGAGGGAUUCCUGUGAACUGCAUUCCUCAUUUUUUGAGGAUUAAAAGUGGUUAUUUUUCUACUAUUUAUUUAAGGCAUUUUUUUUUAAUGCAGUUAAUCUUUAUGGACAGAUUUUGGGUGACAGUAUUGCUUAGAUGCCAUUUGAACAGAUGACAAGAGACGUGAUGCAUCACACUGCUCCUCCUAUCCCUUUAGAGUGUUUUGGGGGAAACUACUUGUAUGCAUUUCACACAGUAUGAAACAUGAAGAUAUGGAAGAGAUGGACAACUAUGAACAUUUUUGAUGUAAAGAGCGGCUUUUUUUCUGGAUGUUUGUCACACUCAAUGUGCAAUGACUCCCAUUCCACUGUUUCUUAAAGCAAAUCCAUUUUUUACGGUAUUUGCAUAAAAAAGAUCUUAAAGACUUAUACUGCCUCUAUUCUCUUAAUGUUAAAAAUACCAGAGUCUCCUCAGGGGGUCAAUGUCUGCACCUGACUUUGUGUCUAAAUGUAUCCCAUCAUAAUGCAUCUAUUUUUAGCCCUAAUUGAUUUUUGCAUGUAGAUGGCAGAUGGCGGGUUCCUGGAACGUAGGUAACAGCAAGUCAGCUCAGAAUGGUACAAAAGCCCCUUCAUCACAAUGCAACUUAAGUCUUGAGAGUGGAAAUGUUUUUUACCAUUAAACACAGAAUAAUUGCCAGUACUUUGGCGUCUGCCAAAAUCUGCGUCAUUCCCGGUAUUAACUGUGUUUUUUUUUUUAAAACACUGCUAAUGUUUGUAAAUGGAAAAUAUCAAGUGUCACUGUAUGCAAGUAACAUCUAGUGUAUAUCAAACACUAAAUUACUUUGUACUGGAAGAAAUAUGAUUUCUCAGUUCCUUCUUUCACACGUAAUAUAAUUAUUGUGGGAAACGUUAACUUGCAAUGUCAGUAAGAUUUCUCUUCCUCCUUUAAAGAUGCCUUUGCUUUGAAUUCAUCGUCUGGUCUUCGUAACAACUUUUGUCUGUUUUCCUUCUCUGUGUGUGGGUGGGUGGUGUGCUUCAGUGAAGUGGCUUGUACACUGGCCAUCUAUAUUUGUGUGUAUGAUUGAGAAGUGUGCAGCCAUUUGUGUUUUUAAGUCUGUGACAUAAGUACAGUAUGUGCCUGAAUAUUUUCUGUGUUCAAGAUAGUUAACCCGUUAACUAUCUGUUCAUUAGCUGACUAUUGUUUGGGAAAGGGUAAAUAAGGUGUACAAACUGGAGGAAUUAUCAAUCAAUCCUAGUAGUUAACUGGUUUUCACCUCACUGGGCUAACAUUUACUGGAGGCUUUAUGUCACUUUAAUUCACUUGCAUAUUUUGUAUCCUGUGGCCAUGUAAAGAAAUUGUAUGUAAUGAUAAUUUGUAAACCAGAAGUUGUGUGUGAACUGGAAUAAUUUCUACCUCAAUAACUGAGUGGAUUGUG